AUGGAAGAGAAAGGUAAAGCUCAUAAGGGCCAUGAAUCUCUGCACGUAGCAAUGUUCCCAUGGCUUGCAAUGGGCCAUCUAAUCCCCUUCUUCCAUCUCUCCAAACACUUGGCGCAAAAGGGUCACAAAAUCUCUUUCAUCUCGACACCAAGAAACCUCCAGAGGCUCCCCAAAAUACCCCAAAUCCUCUCUCCGCUCAUCAACCUCAUAUCCGUCCCUUUCCCUCACGUACCGAACUUGACACCCCAUGCAGAGUCCUCCACUGGCGUUUCCUACUCCAAGCAACAGCUCCUCCGAAUUGCCGUUGACGAGUUACAACCAACCAUAACAAGUUUCCUCGAAUCCUCAAAACUCGAUUGGAUCAUCUGUGACUUUGCUUCUCACUGGCUUCCUUCCACAGCGGCUGAACUCGGUGUUCGCUGCUGCUUCUUCGGCCUCUUCAAUGCUGCGUUGCAUUGCUUAGUUGGCCCGCCAGCAGUCCUCGUAGGUGGCUCAGACCCUCGAAAGACGCUUGAGGAUUAUGUACGAGUCCCCGAGUGGAUUCCCUUUGAAUCCAAUGUUGCUUUCCGUUCGUAUGAGAUCACCAGGUUUCUUCAGCUUUCGAGCGGGUACAGUUCUGUAAUGCCCGAUACGGUGCGUAUGGGAACGACAAUAAGAGACAGUGAGGUUGUGGCUGUGAGGAGUUGCAUCGAGUUCGAACCCGAGUGGUUUGAUCUCUUGCGGGAGUUGUAUCAGAAACCACUUGUUCCCGUCGGUUUCUUACCUCCAUUCAUGGAGGACGACGAAGAUGUCAGCGACGUGAAAUGGGUGGGUAUAAAGGAGUGGUUCGAUGAGCAGAGGUUUAACUCCGUGGUUUACGUUGCCCUAGGAACAGAGGCCCUUCUGAGUCAAGAGGAAGUGAAUGAGUUGGCUCUCGGAUUGGAGAAGUCAGGAUUGAGUUUCUUUUGGGUAUUGAGUGACCCACCGGAGUCGACUCAAAAAGCGAUCGACAUGCUACCAAAUGGGUUUCUGCAAAGGGUCGAGGGUCGUGGCAAAGUAUGCACAGAAUGGGCACCGCAAGUCAAGAUACUGAGUCACGACUCAGUCGGAGGGUUCUUGACUCACUGUGGUUGGAACACGAUAAUAGAGGGCUUAGCAUUAGGUCGGGUUUUGAUUCUUCUUUCCAUGAUAAACGAUCAAGGAGCUAAUGCAACGCUGUUGCUGGAAAAGGGACUAGGGAUUGAGGUGGCUAGAAAAGAAGAUGGGCUGUUCACAAGUGACGCGGUGGCUGAAUCACGGAGGAUUGCGAUGGUGGAUGACCCGGGCUCGUCUUUGAGAGCUUCAAACAAGGAAGCGAAGAAAUUAUUCGGCGAUAGAGAGACGAACCAACGCUGUAUAGAUGAGUUCAUACAAUACUUGGUGGAGCAGAAGGAAAAAAAAAAGAACAGUCUGAGGCAUCACUAG